GACGACUGCGAGCGCACGUAAGUCAAGAAAUGGUGGCUGUCUGCGCAGCCAACAAGUUCAGAUCGAGGCGGUUUUUGGUUCGGAUCUCGCUUAUUUUAGUGGCCCUUGCCUUAUUCUCAUACGGUUUCUCUUACUUUCUAAUAUCGAAUGCCGAGAACGAUCCGCUCUUUUACGGCCACUACCGAACCGACCACAGUCAUUACACGGGAUCACCGGAAAAUGUUUCUGAGCCGAUCAUACUCUGGUGGACACCAUUCACCAAACAAGCUGGUCAUACGAAGGCAUGUGGCAACAAAAGAUGCUUCUUUACGGAAGACCGGAUAUUUUUCAACCAUACGAACUUGCAAGCCGUGAUGUUUUAUGGAAGUGAACUUGAAAUAGGGGACUUGCCUUUGCCUAGAAAACUGAAUCAUGACUGGGCUCUGCUUCAUGAAGAAUCGCCAAAGAACAACUUCAUCUUCUGCAUGUCAAAUAUUCUUCGCUGGUUCAAUCAUACUUCGACGUUUCGAAGAAAAUCUGACCUUCCUCUGACACUGCAAUAUCUUAACUAUAUUUCUGACCUCACAAGCAAGGAGUUCUUUGUUGAGACCUCCUCUAAAACAAGAGCGUGGGCUAACCAGUCACUGAUUGCCUAUGUACAAUCAGACUGCAACACACCUAUUGAACGUGAUGCAUUUGUCUCCGAACUAAUGGAUUACAUAAGCAUUGACUCUUAUGGAAAGUGCCUCCACAACAAAGACCUUCCAAAGGAGCUGGCGAAUGCAAUGGAUGCUAUGGACAACAAAGCAUUUUGGCACCUUCUUGCAAACUACAAGUUUCACAUUGCCAUAGAAAACUAUGUCUGUGAGGACUACAUCACUGAGAAACUGUGGCGACCACUCAUUGUUGGGUCAGUGCCUAUCUACUUCGGGUCGCCAUCAGUUGUUGAUUGGUUACCAAAUUAUGCUGACAGUGCCAUUCUUAUUGCUAACUACAGUAGCCCUAAAGAACUAGCAGAGGUAAUCAAGAAAAUAGAUGGUAAUGACAUGUUGUAUGAAAGUUUUCUAGGUCACAAAAUGCACAGAAGGGUCACUAACAAGGCUCUCUUGAGCGCCAUGAAGAAGCGUAAGUGGGGUGUGAAUGACCAUAAAAGACCAAGCUUUGUGGAGGAAUUUGAGUGCCUCAUUUGCUCAAGGGUUUGGAGGAGGCUGAAGAACCCAGGCACUGAGAGUUUCAUUGCCAAUGCUAGCCACUACAGCUGUGACAUGCCUCAGGCCAUGCUAAAGAGACAGGGCGAAAGUUUCUGGAAGCAGCUGUACAGGCAAGCUAAAACGGAGGCAAAGGUACUUGAGGACUUACUUCUGGCAAACAUGCCCUUUGGUGAGCAGGAUGUGCAGAACAAGAUUCUGAGCUUACUACAGGCACAGUCAUCACGUUUAAAAAACUGGUGAUGUUGCAUUCAGUCUUAUAACCUGUGAACAUACAUAUUCAGGCAGCCAAUUACAAGUAUCCAGUAAAGACCAUUUAACUUUCUGUUAUGGAUCAACAUGUAUGUGCAGCCUUUCCACAUUUGUGUACAACAUGUUGACUGCACUUCAGAUAGCAGCGACAACAUUUACAGGUUUCUAUGGUCUGGAACUUGUGAACAUGCACUACUGCAUAGGCAGUUGUUUCUUUUGCAUGUUCCAAGAAAUCUGCCUUGCAACAAGCAGACACUAGAGAAUGUGGGCAGUGCAUUCUGGAGCACACAGCAUGCUUGUACUUCUCAAGUACAGUAGGAGUUAUGCAUGCAUUUGUCUGACUGAGGCUCAAUUUUGUCUUUGCAAGGUCUCAAGUUGAACAUUCCACUUAAUUCUUAUCUUUAAUUUGCAAUCACACCAACUGGUUAAUGUCAUAAUGUUGAUUUUUACUUCAUUGGAAUUGUCCUGAGAAUGCAUCAGCCAUCUUUUCACACAAAUGCACGCCCUUGAAGUUUAUGCAUCAUGGCUUGUUUAAAGACAUUGAAAGCAAACAUUAACUCAGGUUAAACUGGUAGUUAAUCCUGGAACUCACCCUUUACUUUGCAGUAGUAGCGUAUGUGGCAAACAUGAUUUCUUUAGCUUGCAGAUUGAGACAUAAAUGACGUCACUGCCAUGACACCUCAAAUUUCACAACUUUAGUUUUGCCGAAACUGUUGCAUUUUGUCCCACAGGGACCCAAAACAUAACAAAAGCUACUGACUGCAUUGCAUUUUUCUUUUGAUAGUGCUCAUUGUAAUGCACCUUAUUCCUUUAACCAUUAGAGGUUAUGGACUGAAACGUGGCUGCAAUGUGGUGUUGUGGUGCUUCAGUCAGAAUUAGCACCAAAUGUGAUGUUUCUGGUUGUUCUGCAGCAGAUGGCAAUGUGAUAUGCUUGGUAAUUUAAGCCAAGGACACUCAUUUUCUCGUGCAUCUAAUGUGGUGUGGCCACUUCACACAACUGGAAUUAAGUUUUAUGGGAUUCUGUGUACGGACGUAGAAGUGAAUUUAGCUUAAAUAUAGAAAGCGGUCUUAUUAUUCGCUUGUGUGUAGGCUGGUUGCAUUAAAAUGACAACAAAACAAGUGUAAUGAUGCCAACAUUCAAGGGUGGAUUUCUGUUUAUGGUUCUGCACCAGCCUUGGCAGCAGUGAGCCUGCGAUCCCAAGAAACUUUUGGCCCCGUGUCUCAUUAGCCUACUAAGGCACAAAAAAAAGCAUCAAAUUGGCCGUGUACAAGAUGCCCCUUUCUACGUUUUCAAAUAAAAUAAACGCAUAUCAUCCUUCGAAUAUAAUUUUUUUUGUAAUAUGGCGAAAUUGAUUUGUAAAUCUGUGAUUAGCUGCAGAGGAAGACUUGAAAAUUUGUGGGCUUCUGUUUUGCCGCACCACUGCGGUUUGCCACUAUCUAUCUUGCCCACUCUGUGUGGGGAAAAGUGGAAGCUUGCCAAUGUCUCUGCUUAUAAACAGCAAAAUGGUUUAUAUGUCAUGCCUACAUAGUCAAACAUGUGAACAAGCCUCUUCAAUGCCGGCUGUGCGGGUACAUUGUGCACAAAACUCCAGGCAUCAGCUACAGCUGUGGCAGCAGCACCUUAUUUUUAAAUGCCUGAGAAUGGGAUCUACAGCAGAGGAAAAAUAGCAUAUCUGUAUGGCAUUCCACAGGCAAUAUAUUGGCCUAGCAUUAAAGGUUAUCUGCAUGUCAGCGAUUUUGAGAGAUAGGGCAAUGCAGAAUGAAAACAGUGAAAACAAAGCUUUGCUUUCGUGGAUUGCUAUCCAUUUCUAUAAUGGUUGCCCUGUCUACCGCUCAAUUUCUAGACUGCUAGAAAAUGUCACCAGCGACAUUGGGUGCUUGUCAUAUCACCAACUUGUUCACAUUCUCCUACAAUGAUGAUGUUCCGGUCAAAGAAAUUUCACCAUCUGUAGCUUGGGAGGCUGCUGGUGAGUUAAGUAUGAGCCUCCACAGAUUUGUAACCCUUGAUCUGGGGCCAUAUUUUGUAGUAAUCUUUCCGUUUAUCAUCCGUUGUGCCAAGGCCAAUUCUGGCAAUAAGCACAUCAUGUUGGCGUCUGAGCCAAGAUGAAGGGUGAAAGAAUGCAAAAAUUAAAUGGAUUCUUAUAAAAUAUGGUCUCCUGCUCUCGUCUGUCUAUAUAUGUCCCGUGUGAAACAAAUGCACAUGGUCUGCUUUCGGAUGCUUGUGUUCACCACUCUUCAAAUGUGCUCCUCUGGCUUUGCCAACAUUACCUCGCCAGCGCAACUCCUAAUGAUGGCAAUGCUUGUGUUACACCUGGUGCCACAAAAGAAUUCUACAUAAUUGCUCCCCGGCUGAAGAAGUCGUACGCCAAAGUAUGAAGUUGAAACAAUGCUUGAAAGUAACGCAGACAACUGCCAGAGAAGAGCUACACAACCACAAGCAUGGGAAACUAUCGUUGAUGUGAUUUAGGUCUUUUACUGACAUCACAGCCAAAUUGCAUGCAUCUUAUAGAAAACGCUCUUAAGGCAUGCCAAAAAAAAACAA